AUGUUUGAGAAGAAUUCCAUUACUCUGCGUUGUCCUCGUGCUGUGGGGGGGAGAGUGACAUGGAGUAGAGAGAGUGCAGGAAGAACAGUUAACAUUAUUUCUUCUGGUGGCGACAAGGACAUAAAACACAUUGAUGACCCAUUUAAACGUUACAGUUUAUUAGUAGAUAAGUCUCUGUACAUUUUAAGAGUACAAGUCUCUGACUCUGGGAAAUACUUGUGUAAUGAAGCAGCUGUGGACCUGACUGUGCUCCCUGCUGAUAGAGAAUCCAGUGUUCAAACCUGGAGCAGGGAUGUUGGUGAAAUUGAAGAAGGAAGGAACCAUGUCUCUAAGGUGACAAGGGAGUUGAUUUUAAGACGUGCUCGACCUGAUGAAUCUGGACUGUACUCUUGUGACGGAAAACCAGCUGUUUACGUGACUGUGACCAAGGGGGAAACGACUGAAAGAGGUGUCAUCCAUUUAGCAGGCAUGGAGAAGGAGUCGAUCACUUUGCAUUGUGGAAGCUCUGUGCAAAACAAAGUGACCUGGAGCAGAGAGAGAAAUGGGACCAAAGAGGACAUAAUAAAAUGUAAUGGUGACAGUGAAACAAAAAUCAUUAAGGACCCACAAAAACAUUUCAGUUUGUUAGCAGACAAGUCACUGUACAUCCUCAAACUGAAUGUCUCAUAUUCUGGAAGAUAUUUAUGUGAUAAUGAACCAGCUGUGGAGCUGACAGUGAUUCCAACAGGAACAAAGAUUUACAACAUUACAGAGGGAAGCACCUUCCCUCCAGAGUACCCUGUUGAUGUAACAGGAUCAGACUCUACAACGUGCCACGGAGAAAAAGCAGGACACAAUUUUGUUUCCUCCAUCAACAAAAUUAAAAACGGAAAUGUCCACCUUGAUGACACUGGACUGUAUUUCUGUAAUGGAAAAAUAGCUUUUUAUCUGAAUGUGACCAAAGUAGACGGACCCGACAGAGACAACCAUCUGUUUCUUGGUUUGCUGGUGGGAAUCGGAGGCCUAAUAAUCCUCAUCAUCAUCAUCAUCAUCAUCGUCUGCUGGACCUGGAGAUUCAGACUUAAAAGACUGGCUUUUGAAAGGAGCUCUAAUGAGUCAAACAGCAUUUAUUGCAUGGCCACCUUUCCAGGUGAAACAAACCAAACUGAGCCCACUUACUACGUUAUUGCUGAUCAGCCACAGACUGGGAGUGGAACAGAUCCAUCGCAGUCAAUGGUCGAUGUGUACGCUCCAGUGGAAGAAGAAUGA